CAAUAGCAGCAGCUGUUGUUGCCUCUCUUGGUGGGAAGGGCAGGUUGUUGCAGCUGUUAGAGUUGAUUUCACUCCACGUUGUGGAUUAAACAUUGUGUCGGUAAACACACAGUGCUGAUAGCAGGAGUGUGCAGCUGUGUGGAUGGGAGGAAACAGCCAGAGUCACCUCUCUGGGGAGGAUGGAGAAGGUGGAGGAGUUCACUUUGUGAAGGGCAUUCGGCUGUCAGAUAAAGUGAUCCACCGGAUGAAAGAGUCUUCAAAGGUCGUUCCUCCGCCCUCCCAGAAUGGAUGUCCUUACUCGCCUCAAACACAACCACCCACUCCAGUUCCCGCCCCAUCUGUCGAACACUUAAUACCUCUUCUGACACCUCCUCCUCCAUUCAUCCCAUCUCCACCUCCUCCUCAGGAAGCCCCAUCCACACCUCCAUCAGUGGAACCUGUAAAACUCAUCCCUCCUCCUCCUGUAAAGUUUCACUCCCUGCCUCCUACCUCUGCAUCCCCGACUCCACCUGUAGAGCCAAAAACUCCACCUCUAACCGACCGUGUUGUCCCAGCCACUCCUCCACCUCCAUCUACACCUUCUCCACAAGUAGAAGCACCUGCAUCACCUCCUCCUCCUGCUGUAGUGGAGCCAGUAGUCCUACCUCCUGUUGAAUCCUUCAUCCCACCUCAUGUAGAGCCAGAAAUCCUGUCUACACCGCCGAUAGCAGAACACGUUGUCCUACCUCCACCUGUAGAAUCAGCUCAACCUUUAGCUUCACCUCUGCCCUCUGAAACACCUCCAGCUAUUAUUGAACCUGUUGUCCUGUCUACGCCACCAGUGAAAAUGGUUCAACCUCCACCCACUGUUGAAGCUACACCAGUUGAAACAAUAACACCACCUUGUCCUGCUGCUUCAGUUCCAGUUGAAGCUGUAGUUUCACAUCCGCAAGUGGAGACGACUCUUGUUGAGCCUGUAGUCCCACCGGCUGCAGUUGAAAAAGAAGUGCCACAAGUCCGGGUUUCAGCUGUCGAUCCACCGUCUCCAUGUGAACUGGUUCCACCCUCACCUGCUCCAGAGCCGGUGGCGGCACCCUCACCUCCUCCAGAGCCGGUGGCGGCACCCUCACCUCCUCCAGAGCCGGUUGCAACACCAUCACCUCCUCCAGAGCCAGUGGCGGCACCCUCACCUCCUCCAGAGCCGGUGGCGGCACCCUCACCUCCUCCAGAGCCGGUGGCCGCACCCUCACCUCCUCCAGAGCCGGUGGCGGCACCCUCACCUCCUCCAGAGCCGGUGGCCGCACCCUCACCUCCUCCAGAGCCGGUGGCGGCACCCUCACCUCCUCCAGAGCCGGUGGCGGCACCUUCACCUCCUCCAGAGCCGGUUGCAACACCAUCACCUCCUCCAGAGCCGGUGGCGGCACCCUCACCUCCUCCAGAGCCGGUGGCAGCACCCUCACCUGCUCCAGUGCCGGUGGCGGCACCCUCACCUGCUCCAGAGCCGGUGGCGGCACCCUCUCCUCCUCCAGAGCCGGUGGCGGCACCCUCACCUGCUCCAGAGCCGGUGGCGGCACCCUCAACUCCUCUAGAGCCGGUGGCGGCACCCUCUCCUCCUCCAGAGCCGGUGGCGGCACCCUCUCCUCCUCCAGAGCCGGUUGCGGCACCCUCACCUGCUCCAGAGCCGGUGGCGGCACCCUCUCCUCCUCCAGAGCCGGUUGCGGCACCCUCUCCUCCUCCAGAGCCGGUGGCGGCACCCUCUCCUCCUCCAGAGCCGGUGGCGGCAGCGUCUCCUCCUCCAGAGCCGGUGGCGGCACCCUCACAGCCG